AUGGCAACAAACUACGUCCUAUCGCAGAGGAUACUUCUCUCCGUCCGUUCACAAUAUUCGCGGUCUUUCCAACCCCAUGUGCUUGCGAGGUUCGUGAGAGGCCAAACGCAGUGCUCCCCACUACGAGCACGCUCCAUAUCAGCUACAUCUACUGCGAAACCAGCCGGUAAAAGAGCAUUAUAUCCUGAGCGCCUUAUAAUAUACCAUGCUGGAACCGGUAGGACGGUCUUUCUUGGGUGUCUCAAAGUCACCACGAUCUUCAUCUUCACUUUCUUCUGUAUAGUUGUGGCUCCAACUUACUUCUAUGCCGACGACCAGCCACCAUGGGUCCCGGGCGUAGCCAUGCUCUCAGGAGUCGUCCCCAUGGUUGUCAUUAUGUAUAUCUCCGGUCCCUUUGUUAAUUAUAUACACCUUCGAUUGCCUCCGUUUGCCCGACAUUCUCGAGAAAUGAUGAUACGAUAUUCAAAAAGUCUUCCAAAAGACGCAGAGGUUGAUAUUACCACGAUGAAUCUUCUCGGAAAACCGAGAGUGGCACGCAUGAAAGUAUCUAGUCUUUACCCUAUCAAGGAAAGAUUUGGCCUGGCCAACUAUGGCCGGGAUACCAAGGAACUUAAUUCUAAACGGCCUUGGUGGAUGGGACGAGCUGUCCGGCAAUUUGGCGUGCAUGCUGGGAAAAGCCAAAUCAUGGGAGGCGAGGUCUGGGGGAACAUUGCUGCCACGAUUUCAAAAAGAUCAAAAGCAUCUUAA